AAAUCUUAUUCACACACUAGUUCAUUCACAUUCGCGCUUGGGUCCCCAUAGGAAGUUUCAGUAGGGAAGUGAUUUCAUAAGAUCGAGGAGGAAUUUUAUUGCGUCCUGUUCAGGCAAACGACAAUAUAACCAUGGAAUUACUGUAUUAUGUACUGUUCAGCGACCUUUUGGGGCUAAUUGUGUCUAGAGUUUGAGUCUAUAGACACUGUUUCGUGCGGAGGUUUUGGGUUGAACUACGCUGGAAAGCAGAAAAUAUGCGAGCUUCGUCCUAACAUUGGAGUAAACCUGAGCGGACUCGCCAGCCUGGGCGCAGCGGAGUAUUUGGUUUUAUCCCGAGGAAGUCUCCGUGUAGAGAAAUAAACAUGAUUUUAACUCAGAUGGAGGCCAAAGAGGCGUGCACCUGGCUCCGGGCUGCCGGUUUCCCACAGUACGCCCAGCUGUACGAAGAUGGCUUGUUCCCCAUUGAGAUUGUGUCUGUGACCAGGGACCAUGAUUUCCUGGACCGAGAUGCCAUCGAGGCUCUGUGCAGGAGACUGAACACCCUCAACAAGUGUGCCCUGAUGAGACUGGAGAUCUCCCCACAGAGAAAGAGAAGUGAGGAUUCAGACGAGGAAGAGCCAUGCGCCAUCAGUGGCCUUUGGACCUUCCAGCGGGACAGCAAGCGCUGGUCUCGCCUGGAGGAGCUGGAUGUCUUCUUCCCCCCGGGUGGAAACCAGCCGCCUUUCCCCCAGGUCCAGAGACCCUCGGCCGGUCAGGGGCAGCUCCGCGAGGGCCUGAGCUCCGAGAGUGUGCUGACGGAUCUUAGCGAGCAGCCCGAGGUGGCCUCGCUUCACAGCAGCGGGAGUGUGGGAGAUGGAGGGAUAGUCGAUGGUGCCACAUCUAGCGAUGCCACCCCAGCGGCAGGCGCCACCCGCGCCAGCUCCAUGGCCAGCAUGUGCUCCUCCUCGGGCACGGGCGGAUCGUGUGGCGCCAAUGAGGACUCGCUGUCUGACGGGCAUCCGCACUCACCAUUGGAGACGACCCAAGGUCACUUCUCCUUCGACGACAAGCCCAGUGGAAUUUUGGGAACAGGAGGGAUAGAAGGAGGAGGGAGCGAGACUAGAGGAGGGAAGAGCACGCGCUCACGGGCCAAGAGUUUCCUCAAGCGCAUGGAGAGCAUCAGACUGAGGAGCGCCACUUCCAAUAGCAAGAAGAAGAACGGAGGCGGGGAAGACUCCAAACUGGAGAUCAGCGGGCCGGUCAUCAAAGAAGGACUAGACGACGACAAGCUACGGCGCCUCAACUGCGUUGACAUCUCCACCCUCAACCCGACCCAAACCAUGACCCUGAACCAUAACAGGAGUGUAUCCUACUCCACGCAGACCAGCAGUGGCAGCAUGGGGAGCUCUGGAAGCACGGGCAGUAGCCAAUCAGAAGCAAGCAGCGGGAGCACCGUUAGCACCCCGAGCCCGGUGACACGAACCCGAAGCCACAGCACCGCGGUGGGGGCCAGUAAGAGAGGUGGGAUGUACCUGGAAGGUUUUGACCCGUUAAGCGUGUUCCUACAGCCGCCUGGAGAACAACAACCCUCAGGUUCAACCCAACCCAAAACCAGACAGGAACCACCUCAGCAACAGCCUAGUAACCGGAUAGUGGCUGAGCAAAACCAAAGCAAGCGUGGUCGCCUCAACGGAAAGAGGGAGGAGGAAGAGGAGGAAGAAGGCGUGAUUUUCUUCUACCUUCCCGAAGGCCACAAACCGGGCACAUUCCCCAAAGCGCUCGGCGACGGCAAACAACCACCGCAAAGUGGAAAUGCCGGUCCGCGCUAUCUCGGUAGUCGAUGCCAAACGCGUUGCGGCUCCACCGGCUCAGCGGACAGCCGCCUGAGUUUCUACGACAACGUGCCCAACGUGGCCUAUCAAGGCGAGGAAGACGAUGAAGACAAUGAAGAAGGGGAGGGGCCAAAGUUGGAGGAUGUGCUGGAAUGUGUCAACGGCCUGCAGCGAUUCGUCAACGCCUGGACGGACAGGGUGGCAGCCGGAGAAGAGGAUGACGAAGAGGAAGAAGGAGGGGAUUCCGAUUCGGCAUUGGAUUCAGCGUCUCCUUGUCCGUCCUCACCUUUACAGAACCGGCUGGAGGAGACGGACAACGGGAGCGACCAGGACAGCACGGGCAACCCUCUGGGAGAGGAGAAAGGGAAGAAGGAGAGGGGAAGAAGCCAUGAGGGAGAGGAGGACUCUGGAGUGGGAGCCUCUCUCACCAGAUCUAACAGGCCUCAGAAACUGCGCUGGCCCAGUUUCCAGGCCUCCCACCGGCCCAGUCACUCCUGGGCCCAGCGGCAGAUGGGCUGCCAGUCAGUACUGCAGAUGAACCUGCUCCAGAAGCUCUGCCUGCUCCAGCUUACGGCCCUCCUGGAGAAACACACCCCCACCAACAAACACGGCUUCAGCUGGGCUGUGCCGAAGUUUAUGAAGCGGAUCAAGGUGCGGGACUACAAAGACCAAAAUGUGUUUGGAGUACCUCUGCUGCUGAACGUCCAGCGUACGGGUCAGCCCCUGCCCCAGAGCAUUCAACAGGCCAUGCGCUAUCUACGCAGCCAAUGUCUAGACCAGGUGGGUCUCUUCAGGAAGUCGGGGGUUAAAUCACGUAUUCAGGCGCUCCGUCAGAUGAAUGAAACGUGCGGUGCCGACGGAGGCGGAGUCAGUUACGAGGGCCAAUCAGCUUACGACGUGGCCGACAUGCUGAAGCAGUAUUUCCGGGACCUUCCAGAGCCGCUACUCACCAGCAAACUGUCUGAGACCUUCCUGCAGAUCUACCAAUACAUGCCCAAGGAGCUGCGUCUUCAGGCUACGCGAGCGGCCGUGCUGCUGCUGCCAGACGAGAGCCGCGAGGCGCUGCAGACCCUCCUGUGCCUGCUGAGUGACGUCACCGCCGCCGUGGCAGAGAACCAGAUGACCUGCGCCAACCUGGCCGUCUGCCUGGCGCCUUCGCUCUUCCACCUUAACACGCUGAGACGCAAGGAGAGCUCUUCGCCACGGAAGCAGCCGCUGGGUAAACCUGACCAGAGGGACCUCAACGAGAACCUGGCCGCCACCACCGGCCUGGCACACAUGAUCCAGGAGUGCAGGAAGCUCUUCAGGAUCCCAGAAGAGAUGAGUCGCUGCAGAAACUCAUACCAGGAGCAGGCCCUGACCCUGAGGCUGGAGGAGCUAGGGGCUUCCUCUGGGGGGGCACCCAUGGGAUGCAGGACCUACCUCCAGGACAGCCUGGACGCCCUCCUCAAAGAGGCCAAGGACAAGUUCAAAGGUUAUGACAGCUGCUCCACGCCUGAACUCGCCGAGCUGGCGUACAAGAAGGUCCACGAUGGCUCACCGCUGCGCCUGUGGAAGGCGUCCGUGGAGGUGCCUGCGGGUCCUGAGGAGGUGUUGACGCGGGUCCUCCGGGAGCAGGGCCGCUGGGACGAGGACCUGAUGGAGAGCCGUGUGGUGGAGACGCUAGGCGAUCGCACAGAGGUGUACCAGUACACCAGGAAUACCAUGGCCCCCCACCCCACCAGAGACCACCUCGUGCUCAGGACGUGGGUGACAGACCUACCUAAGGGAGCGUGUGCGUUGGUGUGUACAUCAGUGGACCAUGACGGGGCAGCGUUACUGGGCGUGCGGGCCAAUGUGCUCACCUCACGCUACUUCAUCGAGCCAUGCAGCAGCAACAAGUCUCGCCUCACACACAUCUCCAGGGUCAGACUCAGGGGUCGGUUCCCAGAGUGGUACAAUAAACUGUAUGGACACCUGUGUGCCAGUGAGGUGGUGCGGAUACGCCAGUCCUUCACCACCCAGAUGGAGAAGUGAGGGCCAGGCAGCUCCACUUGACUUGGAAAGUCACAAGAAGGGGCGACACCCUGGAACCCCAAAGACUCUCUGUCCACCCCCACCUCAGCCCCUGAUUCACUACAGCCCUGAUGCUGGUUGGGGUUGACUGGGGGAGGACAACCCAUUGACUCAUUGACAUGAUUCAAGCUCUUGACAGACAUACCCUUGUGUCCUGGACAGAGAGACUUUGAACAGACUUUGUCGUGGUCCGUAGACUGUCAUCAACGACCAGGUGGGGUUACUGCCUCCGAGGGGUCCUGCAAGGCCUGGAACGGCCCUGGACCCUCACAGUUCUUUCAGAGUUGUGUUGUGGUUCUUGUGCUCGGUGGUGCGGGCGACACGACCAAAGUAAAUGUGUCUGAAAUGGAAGUAUGGUGUCACUCAUCCAACAAGCAUAAUACCUUUACAGAGAGGAUGUGACAUCACCGUCACAGGAUGUGAUGUCACGGAUUAGUAAAAAGAGAAUCUAUAGGGGAGGGGGACUUCUGAGAAGAGAGAAGGUUAGUAUGUGGGUGUGUGUGUGUGAUGAAUGGUUGAUUAAUUAGACAUAUUUCAUGCACUGGCUCCCAGCUGCAAUAUAGUGUGUAUAUACUAUAUCCUGCAUCUGUUCAUGUUGCUUUUUCCUGUUUCCUCUCUCUGUGUGUGUGUGUGUGUGUGUGUGUGUGGUGUGUGUGGUGUGUGUGUGUGUGUGUGUGUGUGUGUGUGUGUGUGUGUGUGUGUGUGUGUGUGUGUGCGCGUGCGUGUGCGUGCGUGCGUGUGUGUGUGUGUGCGUACUCGUGCACAAGUGUUUUUAUCCUGUUACAGCAGAGGCAAUGUCCACAACAUUGUUUUCAGGAAGAUAGUGUAUUUUUGGACGGAUGGAUAAUAUGGGCUAACAGUUGUGUGAAUGUAUUGAAAAUAUGCAAUAUCUGAGUUUGUAUUACUAAGUGGGGUAUGUUGAGUUGAUAGUUGGUUAAAUGGCAUUAGGGAAAGCUGGUAUAGAGUGGGUUUAAAGGAUGGAACAGAAGCAAAAUGGUGGCUGGAACACCAAUUGGUUGAGAGGGUUAAAGUCGCCCCCAAAACUAAAAUGGAGACCUAGAUUCUGAUGGACCAAGCUUAAAGAAAGCAGACAGUCACAGAGCAUUUUUGAUUGAUUCCACUGCUUAAAAGAGCACCGAGAAUACACAACAAUCAACAGGGCUCGGAUUCCAAAAUGGCCGCCAUUUGUAGGAUAAACGUUGAUGAAAGGAACACUUCAGGUUGUUACUUUUGUAGUACGAUGUACACAAGAGCAGUCAAGGUCUUCUGCUUCACAGAAGAAGAAAAAACCCGGGGGGAAAGAAAUAGAAAAGAAGAGAAGAAAUGAAUAGAAAACAAAGAAAAGAGAAGGUCCUUUUAUAAAGGUGUGGGAUUUUACAGGUUUUACUGUAUAUAGAGGAGGAGAAAGUGCAGGGAAUGUUUGUCUGGUUUAAAGAAGGAAAAAUAAUCUAUAUGCGCAGGUUUAUUUUCUGUAAGUCUGUCUGUCUGUCUGUCUGUCUGUCUGUCUGUCUGUCUCUGUGUUACCUUAAAUGAAGUAUAAACUAAUAGUAACCAAGUACACCUUCAUCCGGGCCAGAUUUGGGCCCCGUGUUAAAACCUAUACGUUCUCUGUUCAGUGUGUGACUCAUUUGCUAAGCGUUGUGUUGUAUUGUUAAACGUUUGUGUACAUUAUUUGUAUGCCGUCAGAUAUGAGUAACGCAUGACAAUGACAUUUAAUUUAAAAAUAUAUUUAUACCUCAGAUAUGUUGUUUUUGUACCAUGUUUAUUUUAUUGUAAAUGUUACGCUUAAGUUACAGAAAUGUGUUUUAUAUUUUGUAUUAUUAAUAUUAUUUCUGUACAGAUUAAUCACAGUCACGUGCACUAUUAAAUGUAUUAAACAAA